AUGAGCUUUGCCAUCAAAAUCCGAAGUACCCUGGCUGGACGUCGAAUGUUGGGUUCACAAUCUUCCACCAUCCACACAUCAUGGCACCGACAAUUCUCGGAUAAUGGUGACAAGAAGAACAAGAAGAAAAAUAAGAAAUCCGAUUCGUUCACGCUGGAUGAUUUCUUUUCCAACUUAGAUUCUCCAAAGAGUCAAACAAAGACAAGACGACAAAAUAAUCCGUCAGGGAAGAAUCAAGGACAAGGAAGACAGAAGGCAUCCAUCACGAGUGAUGCUUCGGAAGACCUUUCCACAUUCUUCGACGAAGUCAAUUCGAUCAUGAAGAAAAACAAGAAACAACUUAAAACCAGCGAAAACCCGAAGUCUACUGACGAUUUUCUGGCUAGUCAGAAGGAGAAAAAAAAAGCUAUCUCAUUGUUCGAUAUGAUGCCUCCGAAGAAACAGCGUAGCCCAGAUGCGUAUGACGAAGAUGUCUAUGAUGAAUACAUGGAUAUGAUUGAUAUCAUUACUUCUUCACCAAAGUUUCUGCGAAGGCAUACUAAGUCACCAAUUGAUGACGAAAGGGCAGCUUCCAUUCUCGAAUGGCUCAAGGCCGAAGAACCUGUAGUACCGCACCGCUUGCCAUCCCUGCAAAAGAUAAUGGCAUCGAGCUUUUCGGACGAUGAGCUUCUGCAAGUCCGAAAGGACUUUAAGUCCGAGCUCAAAGCUCAAAAGCAAACUUUAUGUGAUCACUAUGGAUGGGACAAUCAACAGUACACCGCUGCCAUUCAUGGACUGAGGAGUCUUGGCGCCAUGUGUGCGAAGAAGGCAACAGGAGCCCCGAUCGAUAUUGCUUGGCAAAAGCUCAAAGAGGCUGGGUAUGAAAUGGAAAAGGAUCGGAUUCACAACUACUUGUAUGUAAGCGCCACAUUCUCCACCAGAUCCAUUGACUUGUCGUCAUCAGGUGGUGAAUCUAUUAUAGAUUAUCUGAAUCGUUCUACCAACUCGGCCAUUGAACGAAAGAAAGAAGAGACCCAAAGCCCAAUCGAUGACGGUGAAGAGACCGAAGCACUUAUAGAUACCACAGGAGAGAUUGCAAACGUUCAAGACUUGCUGUAUAGUCCAACUGAACAGAGCACCAGCAUUCGUGUUAGAACUCUUGUAUCCCAAAAUCGUAUCAAAGAGGCCGAGCAAGUGCUGGAGUCCACUGGUAAUAAUUUUGAUUUGAGACUGCGGACAUACGCCCCGGUCUACAAGGCGUACCUUGAUGCUGGAGAUGUCCCAGCAGCCUUCAACUUGUUUUGCAAAAUGAAAGAAGGCGAAUUUGUUAUUCUGCAGCCAGAGACGUAUGUGCAACUUAUUGCAUGUGUAGCUGAAGGAGGGUAUUUCAGAGAGGGGUCUGAGUCCAUUGCAGGUGUGGAAGAUCUUGGCUACUCAGUCGGCUCAGGGCCGAAACUGUUAGAUUGUCUUGCCCAAGAGCUGGCGGACCAUUCGGUCGAAAUCACUGCGGCAUCCGCUAAGCGACUCUACAACGCAUUCCAACGGGGCUUUCAGGAUUCAAAUCUGAAGCAGCUUCACCUAUUGGAGUCAAUACCUACUUGCAACGAUCCAGCAGAGCCUGACGAGUUGGUGGUCAGCCGAGUCACUUUGGACGAAACAAGUGGCCGCUGUCCACGAACUGGUACAUACCUUCGAUUAAUAGGUCUGGACGCAGAGCAGAAGAAACUUCUUGGCAAUGGAUUGGCGACUCUUGCGACAGAAGCUUACGCAGAAAGGGCGAUGAAGCAAAGUGCUCAAGCGGAAUUGGAGCUCAAGCGGUUCGCUGAUUGGCUGGACUCGCGCACCGGCAAACCGUACACAGCGAUUGUUGACGGCCCCAAUAUUGCUUACUACAUGCAGAACUUUCAAGAUGGACGAUUCAGCUACCACCAAAUCGAAUUUGUUGUUGAUGCUUUGGAAAAGAUGGGAGAAAAUGUUUUGGUGAUCUUACCUCAAAAGUACACCCAGAACAGCUUUGUCAUUACCAAUGCUUCUGGACAGAGACGGCAAAAGCUGACGCAAAAAGAGAAAGAAAUAUCACGCGACUUAUUUUCAUCGGGCAAAGCAUAUGCCGUUCCAAGUGGAUGCCUCGACGACUACUACUGGAUGUACGCUAGUGUUGCGAGUCAAACUGUCAGUACGAAUGGAGAAGACAUGUACGUCAAGCUGGGGAACGAAGAUGGUAGAUGGCCUGGAGAAAGACCAAUGCUAGUAUCGAAUGACCAAAUGAGAGACCACAAGCUCUCCUUGCUGGAACCAAGACUUUUCCGUCGAUGGUACAGCAACUUCCUCGUCAAUUUCACCUUCUCUGCUUUUGUCGGAGGAGAUGCCACUGAGAAGGAAAUCGGUUUCCGCACUGCAGAUUUCUAUAGUCGAGAAAUUCAAGGUAACCCUUCGAGUGAAACAGGGAGUGGAGUGACCUGGCAUUUCCCAAAAAGCAUUCUUUCCAAAACAGAAGUUAGAGAGGAGAUGUGGCAACUUUCAUGCUGUGGAACUGUAGAACAACAGAACGAGUGGUCUUCUGAUAGUCAUGAAGAGAUAAUUAAAAGUACUCUGCUGCGAGAUUACUUGUUGAUGAAGUUACAAGAACUUGAAGAUUCAAAGACUUCCAAAGAUGCGGAAGAAGCCAUACAGGCAAUUGACGAGGCUGUAUCAAUUGACGAUUCAAAGCUUCUAAGGUUUCUCUUCCAAGCUGGCGCUCAAUCCAUUAUUUAUGAAACUCUCAGUCGAGAGAAGGGCAAGCCUUCGCCCCUCGUAGCGGCGUCACUGCUUUGCAAGUUUGCAAGCCAUAACAUUGGUUUUCGGCAAACCAUUUACGGCCCCGUUGUUGACACUACACCACUGUCGCCGAGAUCUGUUAUGAUGGAACAGUGGGGAUACACCCGAAUGAUCCAAUAA